UAGGAGUUUACCAAAAUGAUCCCCUUCCCUGCCCAAAAAAAGAAUUUUAAAAAUGAUGCCUGGUCUAUAAAAGUUCAGAAAGACAACAGAACACUGCAGAACAGCAGUCAAGCUCAUCUUCACACUUACACAAUGGCAGGACAGUCAGAUCUGCAGACAGCCAUCCUCAGCAUACUGAAUGUCUUCAAUAAGUAUGCAAAACUGGAGGGAGGCAAGGACAAGCUGAGCCAAAGUGAAGUGAAGAAGCUUAUUGAGGUUGAGCUCAGCGCUGGACCUCUUUCGAAAAAGGUUGACCCCUCCAAGGUUGAUGAACUUUUCAAAGAAAUGGACAAAAACCAAGAUGGACAAGUGAGCCUCUGCGAGUUUUGCAAAUUUGUGGGCAUACUUACAGUGGGCUAUCAAAAGUCAUAAUGUCAUAAAUGAAAAGCUAACUUCCAUAAAAUCAAAUCCCAUGUUGAGCUGAAUGUUUGCCAUUUUGGGAAAAAACAAAUAAAAGAAACUUAAAUCAAAAGAAA